GGUCUGCAAAGGGCGUAUUUAUCCACCAGAGUGCUGCCUAAAGUGUCACUUCAUCGUUAAGCAUCUGAUUUCCUCCAAGUUAAGUCAUGCUGCUUAUGAUCUAGUGCCCAGGAGGGAGGGACGCAGAGGGUUUUGGCCAUGGCCCCACGGAAGAGGAGCAGUCGGGGGAUCUCCUUCAUCUUCUGCUGCUUUCGCAGCAGCGACCACCCCGAGAUCACCUACCGGCUGCGCAAUGACAGCAGCUUUGCCCUGCAGACCAUGGAGCCCGCGCUGCCCAUGCCGCCCGUGGAGGAGCUGGAUGUCAUGUUCACCGAGCUGGUGGAUGAACUUGACCUCACGGACAAGCACAGAGAGGCCAUGUUUGCGCUGCCGGCAGAGAAGAAGUGGCAGAUCUACUGCAGCAAGAAGAAAGACCAGGAAGAAAAUAAAGGAGCCACCAGCUGGCCGGAGUUUUACAUCGAUCAGCUGAAUUCAAUGGCUGCUAGGAAAUCACUGAUCGCCUUGGAGAAAGAAGACGAGGAGGAGAGAAAUAAAACUAUUGAAAGUUUGAAGACUGCACUGAGGACAAAACCCAUGAGGUUUGUAACCCGGUUUAUCGACCUGGAUGGCUUGUCAUGUAUUCUGAACUUUCUCAAAAGCAUGGACUAUGAGACAGCAGAGUCUCGGAUACAUACCUCGCUCAUCGGCUGCAUCAAAGCGCUGAUGAACAACUCCCUGGGCCGGGCUCACGUCCUGGCCCACUCAGAGAGUAUCAACGUGAUCGCUCAGAGUCUGAGCACGGAGAACAUUAAGACAAAGGUGGCAGUGCUGGAAAUCAUGGGCGCUGUGUGCCUGGUUCCUGGUGGCCACAAAAAGGUACUGGAGGCCAUGCUGCACUACCAGAAAUACGCCAGCGAACGGACUCGGUUUCAGACGCUGAUCAAUGACUUGGACAAGAGCACGGGGAGGUACCGAGAUGAAGUGAGCCUCAAGACAGCCAUCAUGUCCUUCAUCAACGCAGUCCUGAGCCAGGGGGCUGGCGUGGAAAGCCUGGAUUUCAGACUCCACCUAAGAUAUGAAUUUCUCAUGCUUGGGAUCCAGCCAGUCAUUGAUAAACUAAGAGAGCAUGAAAAUUCAACCCUUGACCGGCACUUAGAUUUUUUCGAAAUGCUUAGAAAUGAAGAUGAACUGGAAUUUGCCAAAAGAUUUGAGCUGGUCCACAUUGACACCAAAAGUGCAACUCAGAUGUUUGAGCUGACGAGGAAGAGGCUGACACACACCGAGGCGUACCCGCACUUUAUGUCCAUCCUGCACCACUGUCUCCAAAUGCCUUAUAAAAGAAGUGGCAACACUGUCCAGUACUGGCUGCUGCUCGACAGGAUCGUGCAGCAGAUUGUCAUCCAGAGUGACAAAGGGCAGGACCCUGAUGCCACUCCCCUGGAAAACUUCAAUAUUAAAAACGUCGUCCGAAUGUUGGUCAAUGAAAAUGAAGUGAAACAGUGGAAAGAGCAAGCAGAAAAAAUGCGAAAAGAGCACACUGAACUUCAGCAGAAGCUGGAGAAGAAGGAGCGGGAGUGCGACGCCAAGGCCCAGGAGAAGGAGGAAAUGAUGCAGACACUGAACAAGAUGAAGGAGAAGCUGGAGAAGGAGUCCAGCGAGCACAAGCAGGUCAAGCAGCAGGUGGCAGAUCUCACGGCGCAGCUCCACGAGAUGAGCAGGAGGGCGAUCUGUGCUGCUGGCCCUGGAGGACCUCCCUUGCCAGCAGGAGCUGCUGGUGGCCCUUUACCUUCUCCAGCUCCAGGAUCCCUUCUUCCCCCUCCACCACCACCACCACCACCAGGGGGAUGUCCCCCACCGCCUCCCCCACCACCACCCCCUCCGGGUGGUCCUCCACCUCCUCCUGGCCCUCCACCUCUGGAUGGAGUGUUACCUCCCCCUGGAGCACCUCUGGGCUUGGCACUCAAGAAGAAGAGCAUCCCACAACCAACAAAUGCCCUCAAGUCCUUCAACUGGUCCAAGCUGCCAGAGAACAAGCUGGCAGGCACCGUGUGGACCGAAAUAGAUGACUCAAGAGUGUUCAAAAUCCUGGACCUUGAAGACCUGGAGAGGACGUUCUCCGCCUACCAAAGACAGCAGGACUUCUUUGUGAACGGUAACUCCAGACAGAAGGAAGAUGCUAUCGAUGACACCUUGAGUUCCCGGCAUAAAGUCAAGGAGCUUUCGGUCAUAGAUGGCCGGAGAGCUCAGAACUGCAAUAUCCUCCUCUCCAGGCUGAAACUCUCAAACGAGGAGAUCAAACGAGCGAUUUUGACGAUGGAUGAGCAGGAGGACCUCCCAAAAGACAUGCUGGAACAGCUCCUGAAGUUUGUUCCUGAAAAGGGUGACAUUGACCUGCUGGAAGAGCACAAGCACGAGCUGGACCGCAUGGCCAAGGCUGACAGGUUCCUCUUCGAAAUGAGCAGGAUAAACCACUAUCAGCAAAGGUUGCAAUCCCUCUACUUCAAGAAGAAGUUUGCAGAGAGAGUUGCAGAAGUCAAACCCAAGGUGGAAGCCAUCCGUGCGGGCUCCAAGGCAGUGCUGCAGAGCAGCAGCCUCCAGCAGCUGCUGGAGGUGGUCCUGGCCUUCGGGAACUACAUGAACAAAGGCCAGAGGGGCAACGCCUUCGGGUUUAAGAUCUCCAGCCUCAACAAGAUCGCGGACACCAAGUCCAGCAUUGACAAGAACAUCACCCUUCUGCACUAUCUCAUCACCAUUGUUGAGAAGAAAUACCCCAAAGCCCUCCGCCUGCACGAGGAGCUGCGAGACAUCCCUCAGGCAGCCAAAGUCAACAUGACCGAGCUGGAGAAAGAAAUAAACACUCUGAGGAGCGGCCUGCGAGCGGUGGAGACUGAGCUGGACUUCCAGAAGUCUCAGGUUCAGCAAACGGGUGACAAGUUUGUGUCUGUCGUCAGCCAGUUCAUCACGUUAGCCAGCUUCAGCUUCUCAGAUGUUGAAGAUCUUCUGAUGGAAGCAAAAGAGCUGUUUUCCAAGGCUGUGAAGCACUUUGGAGAAGACACGGACAAAAUGCAGCCUGAUGAGUUCUUUGGCAUCUUUGACCAGUUCCUUCAAGCCGUGACAGAGGCCAAGCAGGAGAACGAGAACAUGAGGAGGAGGAAGGAGGAGGAGGAGCGCCGGGCACGCAUGGAGGCUCAGGUGAGCACGCACCAGCAAGCCCAGCAGGAACCCCGGGCCACCAGGGGUGGCCGCUGUGCCGUGCUGUCCCCACGGUGGCACAGGGAACACGGAAGGCUGGGCAAGCCGAGCUUAGAGGCUUUUAGUUAA